GUGGACAGAGCCUGACCGCCCCCUCUCCUCGUUAUUGUUUCGCCAGCCGCUGGGCCCACGUCUGAUCAUCAUCAGUCAGGCGCUUAUCCUGGGCCCUUGCAAGUAGCCUUGGUUUUGAGAACCCUACGAUUCAUGGUCUUCAGAUAUAAAGUUCUUUCAUUCUCCCGUCACAAUGUUCAAAGCAAGCAUCUUCUCACCUGUUUGACAAUGGCUGAACCGAUCGGCUUGGCCUCUGGCCUGCUCGCCUUGACAACGUUUGCAUUCCAGUGUAGCGUUUCGCUCUAUGCGACCUUCAAAAGCUUCCAGUCUCGCCAGAAGCGUGUACGCGAUCUAUUGGAGGAACUUGAGGCACUCAGUGCCGUGCUUUCUUCACUUGUCGCUUUGAUCCAAGAAAACUCACACAUAAAUAUCUCGUCUUUGGAGCUGCCUCUCCUGCGCUGUGGCAAUACUUGUCAAGAGUUUGAAGAAGUUCUUCUUCAAUGCUCAUCACGUUCGGGUGGCAGUCGAACGAGCUUUCGUGGCUGGGCCAACCUGAAAUACAUGGGGGACGAUAUCGACGGUUUCCGAAACCUGCUGGCAGGGUACAAAGCCACUAUUAAUAUUGCUCUCACUGACAUAACUCUACGUCAAUCCUCGGCGACUGCCGAAGAUCUCAGGGAGUACAAAGAACUUAUACAAGAUGCCAAGGAGGACCUCGAGGCCCGGCUGGAGAGUAUUGACUCAAAGCUUGCAAGUGUAAUUGGGAAAGAGCUGGCACCGUCUGAUCCAGAUGCUGCUGAGCUGCGAUCGCUACAAGUUGAGCGCUUGAGCACCGAAAAAUGCCUCCAGAUCUGUGCCCAGCUUUCUGAUCACAUAAGCCAUAUCCACAUCGUUUCGGACCGAGUUGGCGCCUCGACUGCCUCCAGUGGUGCAGGUACUUCGCCGGAAGGUGUAACUAGCCAAGGACUCGAGGAAUGCAAAAGCAGCUUGGCCGCAACAGCUGCCAAGCUGGAAAAGCACAUGCAGGAAGUGAUGGAACGACUGCUCGCAAAAUCGAAGAAGGCCGUCUCGUCCGAGGAAGAGUCUCGAGAUCUGGAAAGGCUGCACGACGAGUGGGAGACCGCGCGGCAGUGCUUGAGCAUCUGCUCCAAAGCCGACGAUCACUGGAAGGAAAAAGUGAGUGUCAUUGAAAAUCAUGGCUCGGGUGAUGCUCUUCAGUUCAUGGUUUCCGCCAAUGGAAAGGUUCUCCACGGAAAGAAUCGUGCGACUGGGUGGAGAUCGAGGCAGGUGGGAGGCUACAUGAGCGAUGAAUCCAUUCAGCAGCUAUCGCGGGAUAUUGUGACUUUCAAUUUAAGCCACCUGAGACCCGAAGUGCCGAAUUUGAAAAAGAACUCAGAUGAGCCUUCCCCAAGUCAGGAUGACAGUGUGGAGCGCGAAAUGUCAGCAGAAUUCAGACAACGGUAUGGACAUGGGUUCAAGCUCAGUUCAGGGACUUCAUCAGAGGCAAACGCCUCGUCUCCUGGACCGGAUGGUGGAAGGGCGUAGUUCCAAUGGGUACUAUAAUCAUUCAGCACUGUUGCUUUUGAAAUCGAAACCAUAUGGGGCACGCGCAGGAGAGGGCUCCAGAACAUUCCUUAUGCCUUUUACGUGAUUUUAGUCUAUCUUAUACAGCUAGUCCGAGCAUCAGACAGAGUCCAACACACGCUUCCAUGCUGAUGUCUUGAGCAUUUCAAUGGAAGGACGAAAAUACAGUGGAUAACUCAUGAGGAUUCGCGAAGGCCUCAGGAGUUAAGACUAUUAGAAGAAAUAGAACCGAAGUUUUCGAAUGUGGUUUUUCUGAACUGCGAACUUGGAAUCAUGCUUGAACUUUAGGAGUAGGAGUAGGCCCUCGAUCACACCUUAGGGAGGGGGAAGCGGGGCGGCGCUUGUAAGUUGUGGUUUUCUGGAAGGCUGAUUGGACACUGGUAUUCCGCGGUUUGGAACCGCGAACCCUUAGCCUUCUGAUCUGAUCUUGGAAAGUCUAGUAUUGCUCUAGCCUCUGGCGACUAGAUACCUGAAUUUGGGAGCUUCUACUUCUGCGUCCGGCGAUGAAUAGGAAGAUGGGUGUUGCCAUAACAUUGAAAAAAUCGUCGUGGCUUCUUUGCCUUCUUGAUGUAGUUUUCGGCUUUCACAAGAAGAAUAUCCUGCUGCGAAGGCUCCGGAGAGCUGCAAUCCACCGCAUACACCGGUAUUUGUCGUUCAUCAGCCACAAGAUGCACGCAGAACUGGUCGGCACGCCGAUUGCGUCUUCGUGCAGUGCCAUCCCUCUUCUGUCUCUGUGCCGCUCCACUUCCCCCUCCUCUGCGUCUUCCAUGUCUAGUGUUCGUCGGUCGUUGGGGUGUCCGCGCGUCCUAGAGGUUCAUUUGCUCCAGGCUGUUCUCCAGCGAGGUUUCCGAUGGGUUUGCGCGAUCGUAGAAGGUGACUCAGCCUUGGAUUUGUCGAAGGGGUUCAUCGUCUCGCAAAGCCUUAAUGACCUUUUCGACAAAGUUAUCCACCGUGUCUCGCUCAAAAUUCCGAAGUGA